UUCGAUCGACGGCGCCAAAAACAUACGGGACACAACUAACCGGUGACCACUGGGAGUAGAGUAGACGAGGCCGCGGUGGAUAUGGCCGCACUCGCUGCCCACCACCACCGUGUCUUCUCCUCCACCACCGCCUCCUCCGCAACUCCAAGAACUCUGCUCCUCCACCACCGCCGUUCCUCCUCGCUCACCUUCCCGUCCUCGUCGUCGCCUCCUGCCCAUGGUCGCCCCAGAGGCGCACGCGCUCUCCGGCACGCCUCAAGUGGCAGCGGCGCGGUCCCGGCCGCCAGCUCGUCGUCGCUAGAGGAGCUGUCCCGGAGCUGCACCACAUGGACAUGGAGAGGGAUGCGCGUGAACUACCUGGUCAGAGGGGAAGGCCCGCCCGUGCUGCUCGUCCACGGCUUCGGCGCCUCCGUCGCGCACUGGCGCAGGAACAUUGGAGUGUUGUCUGAAUCCAACACGGUAUAUGCGAUUGAUCUGCUCGGGUUCGGGGCGUCAGACAAGCCUGCCGGAUUUUCUUACACUAUGGAAACAUGGGCAGAGUUGAUCCUGGAUUUCUUGGACGAGGUCGUCAAGAGGCCCACUGUGCUCGUUGGCAACUCUGUGGGAAGCCUUGCUUGUGUCAUUGCUGCCUCAGAUUCUACCAGAGAUCUUGUCCGUGGUCUUGUUCUACUGAAUUGCUCAGGUGGGAUGAACAACAAGGCAAUAGUUGAUGACUGGAGGAUCAAGUUGCUCUUGCCUCUGCUUUGGCUAAUUGACUUUCUGCUGAAACAAAAGAGCAUAGCAUCAGCACUAUUCGGGCGUGUAAAAGAAAGGCAUAACCUGAAGGACAUCCUACUGUCUGUCUAUGGAAACAAAGACGCCGUGGAUGAUGAAUUAGUCGAGAUCAUAAGAGGUCCAGCUGAUACCGAAGGUGCUCUCGACGCAUUCGUGUCAACUGUGACAGGCCCGCCAGGUCCUAGCCCGAUCGCACUGAUGCCCGAGAUCAAGAUCCCGGUCUUGGUUCUAUGGGGAGACCAGGAUCCUUUCACCCCGAUCGACGGGCCCGUGGGGAAGUACUUCUCCGGGCUCCCCUCCGAGCUUCCGAACGUGAGGCUCCACAUGCUGGAGGGAGUCGGCCACUGCCCGCACGAUGAUCGGCCGGACCUCGUGCAUGAGAAGCUCCUCCCAUGGUUGGCAAAUCUGCCGUCCACGGCCGAGCCUGAGGUGGCUUUAACAUAACUAGUGGAAUACCCGUGCUUCGCCACGGCUCCCUACCUUAUAUCUUUUUUUCGAUAAGGGGUGCUUUAUUACUCAAAAAAGUUUUAAGUAUUACACCCAACCUCUGCAUAA